AUACUUAAGGCCACGUUGUUACACGUGCUGCGUUAAAGCACUGUUGCAUCCAACUCGGAACUAUUCUUUUGUUGGUGUUUCUCGCGGAACGGUCUUAUUGUAGCUUCCUAGUGUGGAUGUAGUUGCGUGUGUUUUGAAAAGUUUAAACGAAAACGUUUGCAUUUAGUUACGAUUUUGAAGCAAAAUAAGUUUAUUCUAGAGGCUCAGACAUUACGAUGUUUUAAUUAACACCCGCUAUUUCCAGUCAUAUGUUUAUUUAAAAAAAAAUUCCCAUCUGGUGGUAAAGUUAGAUUGUGUCAGCGGCGCGGUCCUUCUUUGCCACGAGAAGUAUACCGACUUAGGGUUGUUCAUUGCUACUUCUAUUUUUUUUUUUUUUUCAUUUUACACGUUCAACAGCAGUUGCAGGUCUCGCUGCAGAAUAAUAAGUAAAUCCUUGAAAAUGGUAUUCUUCACAUGCAAUGCGUGUGGUGAGUCCCUGAAAAAAGCUCAGGUCGAUAAACACGUGAACAUGUGCCGAGGGUGCCAGGUGCUGUCGUGCAUCGACUGUGGAAAAGACUUCUGGGGUAAUGAUUACAAAAAUCAUAUCAAAUGUAUCAGUGAAGAUCAGAAGUAUGGAGGCAAAGGCUACGAGGCUAAGGCAAAUAAAGGAGAAGUGAAACAGCAGCAGUGGAUACAGCGAGUCCACGAAGCCAUGAACAAACCUGGGGUCAGUGCCAAGCUAAAAGACGUCCUCAGACAAGUCAGUACAUAUGAUAAUGUACCGAGGAAGAAAGCCAGGUUUCAGAACUGGAUGAGAAGCAGUCUAAAAAUAGCCAACACCAGUCUACAAGAAGAAGUGUGGCACAUACUUGUUGUAGCUGACCAGGCUCCAGAGGCCACACAGCAGAGAAAAGAAGAUAAAGAGACCGUGGAUGAAGCGCAAGUGUGCACAAAUGGAACUGAAAAGCAGGACGAUGAACCAGAUGUGGAGGAAAAGAAGAAGAAGCUAAACAAACGGGAGCGUAAAGAGGCCCGCCAGCAAAAGACCGGAAAAGCUACUAAAUGUGACAAAAAAACAGGCACACAAGAGCCAGAGAAAGACCAGACAGGCAAAAAGAAGAAGGACAAAAAGAGAAAACGCAGCCAUGAAGACGAGGAACGGAACGGAAAUCAUCCUGAAAAUGAGACAUCGCUCAAAAAAGCAAAGAUUGUUGAAGCAACAAAUGAUGCUGAUAUUGUCACGUCAGAAGAGACUGAGGAUCAAGAUGUUUCUCAGGGUAAAUUCAACUGGAAGGGAAACAUCAAAGCAAUACUUAAAGAGUCACCUGAUCAGGAGCUGCUGUUGAAGAAACUCAGGAAGAAGGUUUUGGCAGCCUACUACUCUUUCACUGGCGACAACAAUUUUAAAACAGAGGAGGAAGUGUUGGCACUUUUCAACAAGAAGAUCAACAAAAAUCCCAAGUUUAGAGUUUUAAAAGAUCGAGUCAGGCUUGUCAAAUAGAUUCACUGUUUUGGCGUAAACUGUUGUUGACAACCAUUCUUGUAUGUUUUUAUACAGUUAACACAAUAUUGAAGAUUAAAUGACUUUAUGACUUAA